AUGCCCGCUGUACAGUUUUCUUCAGAUCGUCCACCUGGGCAAGGUAAUAACGAAUGGCUUGUCCUCAUCGUUGGAGGAUCUAUAGGCUUCAUUGGUCUUGUGUUGAUUGCUGGCCUAUUGGCAAUUCGACGACGUCGUCAAUAUCCAAGCUUACUUCUGCAACAGCACCAACCUCCUAAACAAGUUGUAUCUGUUCGAAAUGGCCAGCCUAUGCGACCUGGUGGCUUGAAGCAAAGCCCAUCGCCACUUCAGAGCCCCGUAUCGAGUGACUCCAGUCCAAGCCCUGUUGUUCCUAUUCAAAGCUUGCUGGAAGAUAGAACUCGUAAACUGUCACCAUCAGAGCUUCCAGCUGAAAGAGGAGUGCUCAAUUUCAGCUUGAGCUAUGAUCCAUUAACGUUAGCCCUCCAGAUUGGCGUUAUCAAUUGUCGUGAUCUCUGCGAACUUGUUGUCUCCAGAGAUGGAUCUUGUUUACUCGAUCCUUAUGUGAAGCUGCAACUUCUUCCUGAAAGAGAUCAUCGUGUGAAGACCCGAAUAGUCCGCGGAACCGUAAGCCCUCAAUAUGAUGAGCAGUUUACCAUGUAUGGAGUAACACAAGAGCAAAUUGCUUUCAGCUGUCUCCAUUUGCAGGCUGUUGCAUUUGAUCGUUAUAGUCGUGACACAGUCAUUGGUGAAUCUGUUUAUCGUUUAGCUGACGCAGAAUUGAUGAUGCAUCAGGAAAUGCGUGUUGAGCAACCAUUGCAGCCAAGAGCUAAUAGCUGCGCAGCUCAUCGAGGAGAGAUUCUCUUAUCACUAACCUAUCAACCUGCAUUCAACAAUCUCACAAUCGUCGUGCUAAAAGGACGUGGAAUAACGAAACAAGAUAAUGAAGGCAACGUCGCAAUUGUUGAUCCAUAUGUCAAGCUGUACUUGCGCAAAGAGACAGGAGAGCGGAUUGCCAAGAAAAAGACUCAUGUCCGUCGCUCUACAGCUUGUCCUGUUUAUAACGAGUCGUUCAUAUUCGAGCUUGGAGAGGAUAAGUUGGACAGUUCCGUCAUUGAUCUUCAGGUGAUUAAUCACGAUCGUACCCGACGCAAUGACAUCAUGGGAAGAGCUCUAUUGAACAUGGAUGACCCACAUGUUGCGGAAGUUAUCGAAAACCCCGGAAGACAAGUCGCACAAUGGCAUCAUCUUGACUAA